AUGGCCACGGGCUGCACGCAGCAUUUAUAUAGACGACGGGGCGCUCAGAAGGUGCUCGAGACAUUCGCUCAAACAAAGCGAUUCAGAACGAUGGCGGAGCAGCGGCUCCCCCCCAAGAUACAGUACUUGAAGCUGAAGCGGACCGAGGAACUGAAUAACAAGCUGAAGAAGGAGCUGGCCCGCGAGAGGAUUACCGCAUCCAAUGCAUGCCUGAGCAUCAUAGACUACACGUCCACGAACAAAGACUACGCCGUGCCAGAGGUCUGGGGAUAUAUGAAGCCGGGCGAGAACCAUUUCCGUGCGUCUGCCAAGCAGGCGCGACCCCGAGGUGGCCACGAAGGUUCCUGUUGCUGCAUUAUGUAG